CUUGCAUAGAAUCGCCCGGUCGGGUCAUAAUUAUGAGGAUGCUCUCGCACGAUCGUGUUGCUGGUAACACGUUUUUCUCGGGAUAGUUCGCUGGUUGUGUUUUUCUCGCAAUCGUUCCAACACAGAUCGACCAAUCGAUUACGCGUCAUGUCGGCUGAACGCAGGCCGUAGAUUGCUCUAUGGCCCUCGUCACGAGACGAUUCUCGUGGCACGUUCACGGCGACUCCAAUCCUAUCACCGUGGCAUAUGGCAUCGUAAACAAUUCUACGACGGCUCGAUCAUGAAAUCAAGUAUUAAUUAUGCAGAAACACGGACGCGUAGACGAGUAGCACGGCAGUUGUAGAGAACGAUCGAGGCAGGGGCGGUGUGUGGUUACCAAGGCGAAACUACACUGUCCGCACUCUCUUCGUAUCUAUGUAUGUUUUCAAGAACACUUUAACUUACUAAAGUCUCGAAAAUGAACAGCAUCACUUUAGGAAUUUAAAAUGCAUCUAAAUGCGUCUAAUGCGAUCAAAAAUCUUGUAUUGUAUUUUGUACUCUAGAAGAGCCCUUACUUUAUACUGACAAAUUCGAUGGAAUUCCACAGUUUUGCUCGACACUUGUGUAAUUAUGUUGCAAAGUAAGCGUUGGACAAUUACUUAUCAUACACAUAUCGUUCGAGAGAUUAUGUAACUGCAAGUAGGUUUGGCAAUGAAACUAAACCAGUAUUUGCAUAACAACGUGUUACGUUUUGCGUGUUACGUUUGCAGCAAAUAUAAAGACGACGAUAAAACAGACACGGCAUUCCCUCGCAUUUCAUUUUGUACUAUGUAUAUUCUGUUUGCCCACGUGGAAGAUAGAACAAAACACGAUGAACCAACCGGAUCAAAGAUAGUUUCUUGCCCUCGUUGAUGUAACCACUUAUCACCUGGAGAAACACCUUCAGAGGAUGUAUCACGUUUCAGGGGCAUAUUGUUUACCAAAUUGUUCCCUUGGUAACGGGCUUUAGCAGACGCACUUCACUUUGGUCGUGCUGCCCUAAAAUCUACAAGUAAAGCCAGUAAGAUCCAGUCAGGCCGCAGGAGUCGGUGGAUCUGAAAGAAAAUAGAAAAAAAAUUUUAAAAAAGGGGGAAAAUGUUGCACUCGAGGGCGACAGCUGCUCUCAUGAGGCUGAAGGAAAUGGACAAGAAAUACAACAUAAAACGCAACGAAGGCACAAGAAUACAGAGUAAUGUCAGCACUGAAAGUUCAUUGGAAAAUUCUCCUAGAAGCUCGCAGGUCAAGUCUGAAGUCUUGAAUGGCAAACAAGAUAGAUCAGUUCUGCCAAUUACUGCAGAGAAGGAAAUUAGACCCAAGAUAUCCCCAAAAUUCAGGAUGGAGGUAAAGAUUCCAUUCAUCGAUGCAAAAAAUGAUGAAUCUUCUUCAAUUAACGACAGUACGACUUCGAAGAAAUCUCCUAAGACAUCUCCUAAAAUAAGGUCCAUAACAGAGAAUGAUGUAAGCAUCGAAAUGCAGGAAAAAAGUGAACGUUCAAGAUCGAAAGAAUUCCCUAAGAGUCUCUCAAACUUAGAGACUAAUUCCAGAUACAAGGCUAAGAUUCCCAUGAUAGGAUCUGGGGACUCCCCAAGGAGCAAUGACUAUUUUUCAGUCGCUACAGUGUUUUCCCGGCGUUCGGACGAUUCUGAAAUAAUUUCUGAAGCGAUUAAAUCCGUAAAUGAGACGUCCUUUAGAAAAAGCAGUGAAAGAUCAAACGAACCGGAAGUAAUAGCGGCCGAAGACAGCGUCCUAUUAUCGAAUUACGCUGAGUCGACGAUAGAAGAAGUUAUCAAGACGAGCGAAGAAAAGAGUGAAAUUGUCACCGAACAAACAAAUACCAUAAACAAGGACAUUUCUAUGAGAGAAGUUUCUCUCAAAGAGGAACAGAAAGCUACGUACGAAGACGACACUUUUGAAGAAGCUUCCAGUUCCAUUGAAUCAUCCAGUUCUGUGGAUGAGAAAUUGAAGAAUAACCUGGAAGAGGAUACUGUGAUUUCUGGGGUGAAACAGAUCAAAAUUACCCCACAUAAGCAGACAGAGAUUGUCCAAAGGAUGGUGAUCGACGAAGACAAGGACAAAGAAAUCGUGGAGCUGAUUGCGCCGAAAAUAAUGCAAAGUACCAGCGAGUGUGAUAUUGGUCUUGACGAGGAACUCUCAAAUUACGUGAAAACAACAGAGAACGUCGACGAGGCUGUGCCAAUCAAUCUUUUAAAGUUAUCUAAACAAGUAACGUCGACAAAGAAGCACGUUCGUCGAAAAAAAUACAGGAAAUUGUCCAACGAAAACACAGAGGAGAGGACUGAUUCGUCUGUGGCUUCUGAACACGAGAGAUUAACAGAACGUAAAGAAAAUAGCGUGGAGUCCUUUACAUCCACAAAAAGUGUAAAAAAUGGAAAGGAGACUCAAAAGGAAACUUGCUUGCCGAUACGGCACCAUAAAGAAAAAUAUAUUAACAAAAUAGCAGAUGGAAAAUUAAAAACUGAGAUAGAAGAUGGCAGUCCAGAGACGGAUCUUAGUGAAGACAAAUUUCUAAGAGAGACUCCGAAACAAUCUGAUGUCACUAGUACAUUAAGAAAACUGAAUAAAGAUGCAAUUAACGCCAUAGUUAGGAGAGACAGAGUCCAGGCAUUUGUUGAGACUCCAGACAAAUUCAGACCCUGUAAAAAUUGUGGAACCAUAAUGAAGCUUCCAUCCGUAGAUGGAGCCAAUAAUGCUGUGGAUUAUGACGGUGAUGAUUCGUCCCUAGAAAAUUUUAAAGUGGGCAAGAAUCCCAGUCAUGAUCAGAGAAUCAAACAGAAGAAGGUCAAAUAUAAGAAGGUUUCAAAGUCGUCGAAGAGUCGAAAAUCAAAUUGUGGGAAAAUAGAUGGGAAACACUCGAGAUUCGACUGCAGGCAAACACAUCGUUUGCGAAAGCAGGCAGUGACAAUCAGAUUGCAGCAAGAACGCGAGGAUAUCCGUAAUUACUUGAUGGAGCUGGAGCACACGCGAUUAAAAUUUACUCCAGGGACGAUGUUCUCUCAGCUACCUGCCUUCAAGCCGCUUGAAUUUCCAAAAAUUGCCGCGUUCACGAAACCUGAGGAGAGUUCAAAGUUCAAGGCCAAAGAUGAGAUUGCUGAGCUACAAGAAAGAAUAGUGACGAUAAGGCAGUGGCUGAAGGAUCAAUACAUCCUUUAUAGAGACUAUAGUAGCCUAGCACAGACAGUAAACUCAAAAUAUAUUCCUUCCAGCCUGGAGGAUGCAAAAAGGACGAUUCGCCAGUUACAGAGAGCAACGAUUAAGAACAGGUGACCGGUCGUUUCUACGAACCGCACGGCAAGAACCGACUAGGCACGUGCAACGUGAUUAUUCUACCGUGCUAGAGUGAACGGUGCCGUUCCUCGUAGGGCUAUGCAUUAUACUUCGUCCAUGGUGGUUACGUCGUCGACUUUUCCUCCGUUUUAUUGUAUCAGUUUCGUGAAAUAAACUUGUCUUGAUAUUCAACUGUUACUUCAGAUCAAGUGACUACAUUGAAGUGUAAUAAAUAAUUACAACUUGGAGGUACCAGUUACUGAUCAGUAAAGAGCCUACGAAAGAACAAUCAAAUUUGAUUUCAAUAUCUCUGUGGAAUAGAAAUUAAAAUUAUCUCAAAACAAUCGAAUAACAGACAAAUUUACUGCAUGCAACCAAUCCAUCGAUCUAAUCUCCAGGAUUGUUUCAUAAACGAUGGAGUUCAUAUUCAUCGUAGGAGAUCAGUGAGAAGAAAGAUUCGUAGCUUUUACACAAGAGCGUUGAACCGUUCAAACGUCGUGGUGUCUGAA